AUGUCGCUCAACGCAUCGUGCAUUUUCUGCAAAAUCAUCAAGGGUGAAAUCCCUUCUUUCAAGUUGCUUGAGACAAAGCACGCUUACUCCUUCUUGGACAUUCAACCCACUGCUGAGGCUCAUUGUCUUAUUAUUCCCAAAUACCACGGCGCCAAGUUGCACAAUAUUCCCGAUGAGUAUCUUGCCGAGUUAUUGCCAAUGGUCAAGAAGUUGACCAAAGUCUUGAAACUCGAUGAAAACAAUACCCCUGAAGGCGAGGGCUAUAACGUUUUGCAGAACAACGGCAGAAUUGCCCACCAAGAGGUGGACCACGUACACUUCCACCUCAUCCCCAAGAGGGACGAAGCUACAGGAUUGGGAGUGGGCUGGCCAGCGCAAGAAACGGACUUUGAGAAGUUGGGCAAGCUCCACGAGUCGUUGAAAGAAGCCUUGGAACUGGUUGAGAAGUUGUAG